AUGCAUCUGCAUCGAUUGCAAGCAUCGCGUUGGAGUGUCAUCGUCAUCUUCGGCGGCGGGGCAGUGUUCAGUGCGUGCAUUGCCGCGCAGGCGCUCAGAGUGCCGCUUUUCGAGGUGCCUUUUGCGGGCGUUUCCAUGGAGAACGCAACUAGCGUCUUCCGUCGUGUUUUCAUCGCACGACAUGGCGAGCGCAUAGACCAUGUGGAUCGCACGUGGGGUGAGCGAGCGACAUAUCCGCAAGACCCACCGCUUACGGACCGAGGUCGCCGUCAAGCACGCGAGCUGGGUGUUUUCCUCCGGUCUGCGGGCAACAUUCGUACGAUUCUGAGCUCGCCGUUUGCGCGAACGCUGGAGACAGCACAUGUUGUUGCGGAAGAGCUCGAGCUGCCUUUGUACGUUGAGCACGGGGCGAGUGAGUGGUUGCACGCCGAGUGGUUCGGGGAACGUGCCCCAGAGCUCACGCCCUUAGCUGAGUGGAAAGCCCAGCUGCCGCGGCUUGACCUGGAGUCGCAUCGGUCUCUCGUCGUGGCUGAGUUUCCAGAGGAUAUUCACCAGAUAACGCAGCGUUGCAGAAAAGCCAUCCAGUUGAUCACGGAAAGGUACAAAGAGGGUGACAUCCUUGUUGUCGGUCACGGCAUUUCUGUUGAGCUCAUGACCAAGGGCCUAUGCGGCAAGCACACCAAGGUGAACUGGGUAGGAUAUUGCGCCGUGUGUGAAUGUGUCUUGGAUGCUCGUAUUGCGGAUACGGGCGCUUCGAGAGACGCUGAUGAGGAACGAACUUCCGAUGUCUGGCGCCUGGCUCGUAAUGCGGACGCGUCAUUCUUGAGCGAACCUGAGGAUCCGCAGCACAUACAUUAUAUUUGA